UCAAGAACAAGAUGGUCUCUUGCAUAUAGCUUUUCAAGGUUACAAGUUAGAAGCUGCUUGGCAAUCACAAAUUAAGAUUGUCCAAAAAUGUCAGUUCAUGGUAAGAUGGAGGUAGAACUAGAAGUCAAGGUUUCUGCAGCCCAGUUUCAUGAAGUUGUCAGCUUCAGACCACACCAUAUCUCCAACAUGACACCUGAUCACCUACAAGGUGUUGAUCUUCAUGAAGGCGAGUGGGGAAAGCAAGGCAAAGUCAUCUCCUUCAACUACGUCCACGAUGGGGUUCCAAAGGUUGCAAAGGAUAGAUUGGAAGUGAUAGAUGACGUGAACUACUUAUCAUCUUAUAGAGUGAUUGACGGAGAUCCGUUGAAGGAGUACAAGGACUUGUUGGUAACGGUUCAAGCUACUCCAAAAGGUGACGGAAGCUUGGUGAAGUGGACUUUUGAGUAUGAGAAGCUGAACCCGGAUGUUCCAGAUCCACAAUCCUUGCUUGACUAUGUAGUUACCGUCUCCAAAGGCAUUGAUGAUCACCAUACCACCACUGCUAAUUAGCCUAGCUAAAUCAAAGCGCGCAUUACA